ACUUCUCACUUCAAUAUGCUUGAUUGAGUCUGCUUAGCUGAGAAGCUCCGCCCCUCCGCCCAGCUUCCCAGCUUUCUGACUCAAUCUGAUUGAGAAGGACACGUUGAGCUGAGCUCCUGAAAAAAACUAAUUUCCAGGUUUUCCUACACCGCUUUUCAGAGCUGUUGGUGAGUUUUCCCAGCGUGUAGGGCUUUGCACCCAAAUCCGCUGAGGGAUUAGCCAGCUCAGCGGGGGCUGCAGGUUCCCUUUGGGUUGAGCCUGGCUCCUCGCAACAGCGCGAAGGGGUAACACCCGAGACCGCUGGCAACGUGAGUUGCUGGGAAACCCUUCUGGGAUUCCCGAAGGAGUCCAGGUGCCUUCGAUUCAGAGCCUGUCCUUCCGCAGGAGGAAUUUCGUCGCUGGUGAGUGCGACUGCCCCCACGUGCAGAUAGCGGCGCCUGAGGCUUCCCUGCAGCCGCGGUCUCUUCGAGCAGGCGUUCGUCCACGUGGGGAAGCUUCGAGGACGGCUCCGGACUCCUUGGGUGGACCAGUUUCACUGGUCUUCUCCCGUUUGGCACACGCUCUCCUCUCUAAAGCUCCAGAUGGCUUCCAAAAGAUCCUCCAGACCCACUAGACAGCACCUUCAGGGCGAGGAUCAGCAAGGACAAGCAGCUAUUCCUGCAAAGAGAAGCAGAAAAACUCACCAUACUGCUGGAGCCACUAAGUCUGCGCAGUCUGCUGCUGCCUUGGCUAAGGAGGAACUCAAACUCCACAAAGCCAUAGAGAAAGCCAUCCAGAAGGCCACUAAAGCUGCUUCAGUACAGGAUAGUGCUCACCCGAGCCCGUCUUCUACGGCUCUUCAUAGUGCAGCCCCUCUACCCAGGGAGACCUCUCCUUUACCUCUAGUUUCGGGCCCUGCAUUAUCUCCAGAUGGGCCCACACCUCCAACUGAGGCUCAGGCAGGGGUUAAUGUCACCUUGUUUGGGGAACAAUCUGAACCAAGCCCCAACCCUGCCCCUUCUUCAAUCAGGCCUCCAGCUGAUCAACCGGGGGCUCCCUCUGAUCCGGCACCUGGGGCCCCAGGGACCCUCAUAACCCCCAUUCUAGCUUCCUACAUUAAGGAAGCUAUUCGAGAAGGGGUCCGGCAGGAAUUACAUCAAAGAACUUCCUCCUGGGUAUCCGACCAGGAAGGCUCUCAGUUAGAUGUUGAGGGCUCUAUUAUUUCUUCUGGUCGUGGGGCCACUCACUGUGGGGAACCCCGGAAUUCAGUUCAGAUCGGGGCUCCCUCCUCCGGCCAUUCUGAGCAGGGUUCCCUCACUGGGGCAGACCUUCUAGAUCAGGAGAUGUCUGAGGAUGAAGAUCUGGCACCAGAUCAGCCAGCAUUUGUGGGCCUUUUCAAACCCCAACUAUUCAGGUCCCUUCUUCACAAGGCCAAAUUGACUACUGGGUUGGGGGUUUCCCGACCUUCAGAGAUUUCCCCCAAGGAAGGUCCCUCCACAUCAGUCCCUCUCUUUGAGGAACCAAUUAUAGAAUCAGAGGAGAUUCCAGGUCCUAAGAUUUUCAGAGACGUUUUACAACGUCAAUGGUCCUCACCUGCUUCAGGGCCUAGCCCCAAUUCUUUAGACAAACGCAUAUAUAAUUUGGCACCUGAACUGUCAUCUCUAUUACAGGCCCCUUCGGUUGACCAACCAGUGGCAGAGUUGUCCGCUUCGUCCAACUUAGCUGGUCCCCCAGAAGAUAAUCUCCGCCCUGAGGACAGGCGUUUGGAGCAUUCCCUAGUCCGCUCCCAUCAAGCCACGGCCUGGUCAAUAAGAUCUACCAUGGCCGCUUCCUUUUUUAAUAGGGCCUCCAUUCUUUGGUUAAAACAAUUGCAGGCUAGACUCCCUAUCUCAGACGUCCGGGCACAACAGGACAUUAGUAAGGUCAUUGUGGCUCUAGAAUAUUCAGCUGAUGCCACAUUAAAUUCGUCACGUUUCGCAGCCAAGGCCAUCGGUUCUACCGUGACCUCCCGUCGCCUGCUUUGGCUACGCCAAUGGCAAGCUGACUCCAAAUCCAAAUGGCGUCUAGCUUCCUCCGCCUUUGAGGGACCUAAACUUUUUGGAGCGGCUCUGGAUCCACUUCUGGUGGAAUCCAAGGAUAAACGCCGCGUCCUCCCUUCCAUGUCCCGUCGGUCUGAGAUUCGUUCCCAGUCGUCCUUUCGGCCUUUUCGUAACCAGGAGGGAGGAUUCACGGGUGCCCGUAGACAAAGGUUCUUUCCUCCCCGGCAGUCACGGUUUCAGGACCGUCAAUUCCCUUCCUCUUCCCGAGGUCAGGCCAGACGCCCCUUCAGAGGGGGACGGGGGCGGGGUUUCCGCAGGUCACGCUGACUGUCCGGGCG